UAAAAAAACCCCAACAAAAAUUAAUUUUACUGGUUCAUCUCCGCCCUCCGCUGCUCUAUCUCCGCCGCACCUUUUGUACAAAUUUCUCCCCUUAAACCAUUCAUCACCCUAAAACCUCAAACUCUUGUGCCUUUCAAUUGUCUGAUUUUUUUUAAUACACAUUUAGUUUUAAUAUAUAAAAUAAUAUAUAUAUAUAUAUAAUGGGGAAAAGAAAGCGAACGGCUGAUAACAAUAAAGCACCACCACCACCACCAGACUUCGUACCACCACAUGCACCUCAGGAAGGGGAUCUACGUAGAUCUUCAGACUUAACCGAAAGCAGCGCAACACAGUCUCUAGCAUCGAUUAUGGACGCUAUGGAUAAAUCUGUCAAGAAAUCGCCAGCUCACCAGUCACGUCUUUCUCAUCACAACCAUCCAAUAACGUCGAGACACUCUCGUCACCCUCCGAUGGGACGCCACUAUUCCAGACGAAGCUCCGACCAAUAUCCUAACUCAUCUCCUUCUAAUUCUAAAGCCACUCCUCUUAUGUACGACGCUCUCACCUCGUUCAAACUCCAAACCAAAAAAAACCCGUCAGCCUUCACAUACAGAGAUGGCGGGGAGAGAAUGUUCCGGAAGCCGGAGAGGAUCAGGUCGGGGCAGUACGGAGGAGGAGUUUCCGGAAUCCUCCGGAAGAUGGAGUGCAGGAUAUGCAAGAAGCGGUUGAGGAAAACCCCGUUUGUUUUGGACAACUCUAUGCCGUUGAACGAUGUUUCGGUUGUGGCGGUUUUGGUUUGCGGCCACAUGUAUCAUGCUGAUUGCUUGGAACAAGAAACGGGACACCAAGAUAGAUGGGACCCACCUUGUCCGGUGUGUGCAGGUCGCGUGUCCUAGGUUUGUGGUGCCCUGUUUUAGGGCAGGAGUAAUGGAGUAUUAUGGUAAAAGAUUUGCUGCCUUGAAAUAUAAAUAGGGGAAUUAGGCUCUGGAGUGAAAUUAGCAGAAAUAUAUAUAUAUUAGGUACUGGUUUUUAAGGACUGGUUUUUUUAGGUCCCUAUAUAUAAAUAGUUUCUAACAUA